AUGGCUAAGGAAAUGAUUCGUGGAGGAUACAAAUUAGACAGAGGAUUGGGGCGUGAACUGCAAGGGAUCCUGAAGCCAGUGGAUUAUGAAAAAAGGGAUACAUUCGUUUGGGUUUCAACCAACCGCCAAGGACAUCAAAGAGAUGAAGGAGCGCAAAAGAGCAGAGAAGAGGGCAGGCAAAGGGUUUUUGACAUUCCACCACGAUCUGAUCCUUUGAAGUAUCUCUUGGAAAAGCCAAUGCUAACUGGACGUCUAGCUAAGUGGCAGAUAAUCCUCUCAGAGUUCGACAUUAUUUUCACUUCACAGAAGGCCAUCUUAUUUGUAGGCGCCACGGACGAUAUAAGUGAGCAGUGCCCUGAAUGGAGGCUUUUCUUCGACGGAGCUUCAAAUUCUCUAGGAGCUGGAAUUGGAGCUGUUCUGGUUUCGCCCGAAGGAAAACACUACCCUGCCGCUGCCAAGUUGCAAUUUGCUUGUACCAACAACAUGGCUGAAUAUGAAGCUUGCAUUUUUGGUCUCAAAGUGGCUUUGGAAAUGGAGAUCAAGGAGUUGGUUCUGCUUGGUAGAGGAUUUGAUUGGGUGGUUAGUUGGGAUUCCCUGCGGAUAAGUCAAAUGGCCGAGGAGCUGGAACAGAUGUUGAGAAGAUGUGUUCUAACUGAUGAGGAAGCAAAGGAUGUUCUGCUCAAGGGUAGAGAUGCGUAUCAGGAGGUGGCGGAAUGUCAGAUGAGUAUUAUAGGGAAGGUGUUUGGAGAAAAGAGUGUGAAUCACUCAGGUAUUAAAAGCUUUGCUAGCAACUUGUGGCCGUAUGUUAAGAAUCUGAAGGUGGUUGAGAUUGGGAUUAACAUGUUUCAGUUUAUUUUUAGUAAUGAAAAAGAUAUGAAUAGAGUGUUGAGUGGCAGACCAUGGAUUUAUGAUAAUAUGUUUCUAGUUCUGGUGCCAUGGAAGGAGGGAGUGGAGCAGGAUGAAGGGGCUUUUACCAAGACAUAG